UAACUUUGCAUAAAGGAGAGGAAAAGAAAAAAUAUUUUUAGAAAGAAAAGAAAAAAGAAAAAGAAAAAGAAAAAAAAGAGCCACUAAGAUUGCAGUUUGCCCACAUGAUCAAUCACUACAACUCAUAGCCGAGUAUCUGAUGCUCUUCUUUUUUCACCGGCGACUCUUUUUCUCUCACUUCUACAAACAUCCACUCCUUCUCUCUCUACCAUCUCCUUCACACACAGUGGGGAGCAUUUUCAACGCGACUUCAUCAUCAUCUCCCAUGUUUUCAGCGGACUAUUUCCAAAACCGCAGAAAAAUAUAAAAACUUAAAAAAAAAUAUUGAAUCUUUACCACUUUUUUUCCUCUUGCUGAACUGACACAGCAUCAAACAUGGACUCCAAGUCCCUGCGAUUCAUAACCCACCAAUCAUUCUUCUCCGCCGUCCGAUGCAAUGAUCUCGAAUCGCUCAAGAACCUCAUCCAAAAUGAUGGGUCUGAUCCAUCUUCGUUGAUGGCCCUUCAAAACGACGAGAAUGAAACUGCCCUGUACAUAGCCGCAGAGAAUAAUUUCCUCGAGACCUUCGUCUACUUGCUCAGUUUCUGCGAUUUGGAGACCGUUAAGAUAAGGGCGAAGUCGGAUAUGAAUGCCUUCCACGUCGCAGCAGCUAAGGGCCACUUGGGAAUUGUGAAGGAAUUUCUUAGCCACUGGCCUGAGCUUUGUAGAGUUUGCAACUCUUCGAACACAAGCCCUCUCUACACAGCUGCUACACAGAAUCAUCUAGAUGUAGUCAAUGCCAUAUUAGAUGCAGACGUGAGCACAAUAAGGAUUGUAAGGAAAAAUGGUAAAACAGCAUUGCAUACGACAGCAAGAUAUGGCCAAUUGAGUAUUGUAAAAGCACUUAUUGAAAGGGAUCCGGGAAUUAUAUCCAUCAAGGACAAGAAGUGCCAAACUGCUCUGCAUAUGGCUGCAAAAGGUCAGAAUACUGCUGUGAUUGAAGAACUACUAGAAGGUGAUAUUUCAGUCUUAAAUGAACGUGACAAGAAGGGGAGUACUGCUGUGCAUAUAGCUACGCGGAAAAGCCGCUCUCAGAUAGUUACACUUUUACUAGUGUACAGAUCCAUUGAUGUGAAUGCCAUAAACAAUGAUCGCGAAACUGCAAUGGACAUAGCGGACAAACUCCAGUAUGGAGUUCCUGCUCUUGAAAUCAUGGAAGCCCUGACUGAGGCUGGUGGCAAGCACGCGAGGCAUAUUGGGAAAGUUGACGAAGCAAUGGAACUCAAGAGGACAGUGAGCGACAUCAAGCACGAAGUCCAGUCCCAGCUCAUCCAAAACGAGAAAACGCAGAGACGAGUUUCUGGCAUCGCCAAAGAACUCAAAAAGAUUCACAGAGAAGCUGUCCAGAACACCAUAAACUCUGUGACCGUUGUAGCUGUUCUAGUCGCCUCCAUUGCUUUCCUCGCAUUGUUCAACUUGCCCGGCCAGUACUGGACAGACGGGGCAGAAGCUGGGACGGCCAGUAUCCAUGAUACGGUUGCAUUCCGUAUGUUCUGCCUUCUUGAUGCCACAGCUCUCUUCAUAUCGCUGUCUGUGGUUGUCGUGCAGAUCACGUUGGUCGCCUGGGAUACAAAUGCUCAGAAGCAGGUCGUCUCCGUGGUGAACAAGAUGAUGUGGGCUGCGUGCAUCAGCACGUGUGGCGCCUUCUUGUCGAUAUCGUUUGUGGUGGUGGGAACGAAGAGCUCGUGGAUGGCUAUAACCAUAACUGUGUUAGGAGUCCCCAUUCUUGUUGGCACUCUCAUGAGUCUCUGCUACUUCGUCUUCAGACAGCAUUUCGGGAACGAUUCUCAGAGACGAAUCAGACGACCAAGUGGAAGUAAGUCGUUUUCGUGGUCCUACUCUGCGAAUAUAUCUGAUUUGGACGACUACGAAUCUGAUGAGAACAAGAUUUAUGCAUUGUAAGCUUCCAUCCAAAUUUGUAUGUAUAUAUUAAUGCUAUGAGCGUCAAGUAGAUGUAUAUUGAGAAAACUCUUACAAGGAAAAAUUCACCUAACGUCUACAUCAAUCAUCAAGUGUGUUGGAACAGUUUAUGUAGUA